AUGGCGUCUCGCUUUAGUGGUGCGUUACAGUUGACUGAUCUAGACGAUUUCAUAACACCUUCACAAGAAUGUAUAAAGCCUGUAAAAAUCGAGAAAACAAAGACGAAAACUGGCGCAAAGAUAAAGAUAGGUGAAGAUGGCUAUUUUGAUGUGUCAAGUGGCAGAGAACAGAAACUCCAGAAGGUUGAAAUUACAUUAGCAGACUGUCUGGCUUGCAGUGGGUGCAUCACGUCGGCUGAAAGUGUGUUAGUCACCAAGCAAAGUCAAGAAGAACUGUUAAGAGUGUUCUCAGAGAAGAAGUAUACAGAUAACAAAGGAGUGAGUAGAGAAGUGAGUUUAAUAGUGGUGUCCCUGUCACCACAACCUACAUUGUCUCUGGCAGCCCGCUACAAACUGAGUCCAGAGGAAGCCACUCACAAGUUAGCAGGAUACUUCAAGAGUUUAGGGGCAGACUUAGUGCUGGAUAUGACAGUAGCUGAAGACCUGUCAUUGCUGGAGGCACAGCAGGAGUUCUUGCAGCGCUACCAGAACCAGCAAACUGAUCCUAGUUCUAAACAGCUGCCUAUGCUUGCUAGCUCUUGUCCAGGUUGGGUGUGCUAUGCUGAGAAAACACACGGCAACUUCAUCCUCCCAUACAUAUCGACGUCCAAGUCACCGCAGCAAGUGAUGGGGUCCCUGGUCAAGCAGUACCUCUCAAAGUGCCGGGAGCUGACGGCCGGAGAAAUCUACCACGUUACCUUCAUGCCAUGCUAUGAUAAGAAGCUGGAAGCCUCCAGAGAAGACUUCUAUAACGAAAUGCUUAGCUGCCACGAUGUCGACUGUGUUAUUACUGCCAUUGAGCUGGAACAAAUGCUGGACGUCAGCAACAAGGCCUUGAGUGACAUACCUAGUGCUGACCUGGACUGGCCUUGGAGUGGCCUGGGGGAGGCCCCGCCAGCAUUACGCAGGCACAUCGGCUCGGGCUCCGGAGGAUAUGCUGACCAUGUCUUCUUGUACGCCGCAGAACAACUAUUCGGGCAGACUAAUGCCCAACUUGUGUAUAAAAAUUUGAGGAACCCAGACUUCCGCGAGGUGACACUAGAGAAGGAUGGGCAGGAAGUACUGCGGUUCGCCAUCGCGAAUGGUUUUAGAAACAUUCAGAACUUGGUGCAGAAACUCAAGCGAGGCAAGUCGCCCUACCAUUACGUUGAAGUCAUGGCCUGCCCAUCAGGAUGUCUAAACGGCGGAGCUCAAGUGCGUCCAGUGACCGGCGAGAGUGGGCGGGAGUUAGUCGCUCAGUUAGAAGCGAUGUACUCCGAGCUCCCACUGGCUACUCCCACUGAGAACAAGCUGGUUCGCAAGCUGUACGCUGAUUGGCUCGACGGUAGAGACUCGGAUAAGGCUAAAGCAAUGCUGCACACUGCCUAUCAUGCUGUAGAGAAAUCUGAUAUAGCGCUCAAUAUAAAAUGGUGA